UUUUCAAAUCACCCUUUGAAUUGUUUGUUUACAAAAAUUCGUACAAUUAAAAAAUGUUUCAGUCACCUGAAUAUUGUAAAACUUUGUCACUGAAAUUAUCUGAGGUAUUAGAGGAUGUUGGUGUUAAUGAGGAAAUGGUGAUGAAAAGAAGAAGAAUAUCUAUGCUGAAGGAGAGUUUAAUUACGAUUACAUUCAGAUUAACUGGUGAAAACAGAACUAUAUAUAUUCUGGGGAGUCAGUCUGAAGGUACCACUACUAUAGGACUUAGGUCAGAUGUUGACAGGGUAAUUGUAGAUUAUGAUUAUAAUGUGAUACAAAACUGGCGGGAGUGGAAACAUAAUAAGACAAACCUACUUAUGAUACAGGAUGAGAAUGUUACACCUGGAUAUUGUUUUCUACAACUUCUUCGAUCUGAUGAACCUCUUUUUGAGACAAACAUUCCUAAUGAACAUUGCAUAAGAGAUAGCAUAGGGAGAAUAUUAUUAAGAAAUACAUUCCAAACAAGCAUUAACCGAGAAAAUACUGAGCGACACGGGCCAUCAAAUGCUGUCUCCGGAGAUGAUGGAUACUGUGACAAUGACAUUGUUUUUGCUUUCCCAUGUAAUUCAUGGCCACAAUCAGUAUCACAAUUCCUAGAAAGACCAGGUGUUAUGAGGUGGUUAUCAUCUGAAAGUGUCAGAUAUGCUGCUAGCUGUGAUUGUUUUGUUGUUGGUGCUAGUAGCAAAAUUGCUGCUUAUCCAGCAUUAGAGUGGAGAAUAUCUACUUCUCUAGCAGAGAGAUGUUUGAUGUUUCAUCUAAAUAUUACGCAAUUACAAUGCUAUGUUUUAAUGAAAAUAAUUUUGAAAACUUUUCUGAAUCCCCAAAAUCCGAGUAAUUUGUCAAGUUUUAUGUGUAAAACCGUUUUAUUACAUUGCAUAGAAAAUACAGAACAAAAAAUAUGGAAAAGGGAUAAUCUUUUUACAUGUUUAUCAUACUGCUUGAUUGAACUUCGUAGCUAUGUUCAAAAUGAAAAUUGCCCGCAUUUCAUUAUUUCUGAAAACAACUUAAUGGCCGGACAAUUUACAGCUGAAGAGAAGCGAAACGUUUUACAGAAAUUAUGUGACAUAAUACAGAGCGAUGGUAGGUGUUUACUACGAAUAAACAUUGAUGAUAUUAGCGAGAGACUACAGGGCAAACUGAGUACAAUUUUUCAAAUUGCUUGCAAUAUUCCAACCGCACUUGAGAUACAUGAAGAAUGGUCAUGCAAUCUUUUCAUCAAUUUGAUGAAACAAGUAAACAGAAUGGUAAUUAUACUAGUAAAAACUGAUAACUUGUCAAAUUACUUCAUAUGCAAUCACAAACAAAUUAUCUUAAGGCUGACAUACUAUAGUAUACGUGGAAAUAAACUGGAACAGCUUGCAAUUCGUUAUCUGUUACCAUUUCUUAGUUCCACACUAGGUCUUACAAUGGCGUCAACAAGGAUCGGAGAGAAUUAUCCAGUUCCAUAUGAAGCAUUGAAGUGGCUUACAUUGGGUUUGAACUCAGAUGUUACAUCUGGCAGAUUAAAACUAGCUUCAAUGUUCUACUGUGUAGGUGAUAUGGAUAGAGCAGAGUUCAUUCUGAGACAAACUGAAAGUCGAUAUAACUCUACUGUUGUUGAAAUUGUAUGUGGCUGCUGGCGUAAUCCACAGACAAGUCGGUCUGCUGAAUUUAAAAGGAAAUGCUGUGAACUAAAUGAAAAUUGCCUCAAUAGUAUCACAUCAUGUUGUGUCAAAUUCUUGCAGUCAGAAGUAAAUUGUGUGCCUCGAGAAUUACGGUAUGAAAUGAUGAGAUCUACUCAAGAUGAUAUGCCAUAUAGAAGUAUGCAUGAAACACUUUGGAUGGACUAUGCUGUUGUUGAUUCCCUCCCUUAUCUCUACUUUUUACAAUACAAGACAUACGGUCAUCUACAAAGACAUCAGGAUCAGCAACUGGCACUAAGUAACCUUGCGAAGGUUACCUUUACAGGAAGGAAUUUUGGUCACAGGGAGACAGCUCUCAAUCUUCUCGGUCAAUGUAUGGAACAAGAGAACAAACCAAGGGAAACAUUACAGUGUUAUAUGUUGUCGCUUCAACAAAGAGAAAGAAAUAAUACGGCAAAGUUUCAUAUUUGUAAUUUAGUAAGAAAGUAUGUUGCAAACAUGUAGAAUUUCAAAGUUCCCUUUACAGGUAAAAUGACAAGUAAGAAAGUAUGUUGAAUUGUGCAUUCAACCAAAAUGAAGUGUUUUGUAAGGUUGCCACAUACUUUCUGUAAGUUUGCAGUUAUAUCUCAGUAUUCUAGAAUGCCAUUUUAACAAACAAACCAAAGUUGAACUGUCGUCAUACCAUCACAUUAAUCAUAAUAUUUGUUAAGCACAUGUAAAUAUGAUAUAAUUUAUCCAAAGAUUAAAUCAUUGAUG